GCGGACCCUCAUCCAGCACCUUCCACAGGAACCUGUCGUGCGUUCAUUUGUGGUAGACUUCGAAGCGGGGAUAUGGAAAGCUCUGUGGCGUGUAUUCCCCGACACCUCUAUCACAGGAUGCGCUUUUCAAUGGAGCAAGACAGUGUUCCAGAAAAUGCAGAACUCUGGGACUCCAAAUUCCAUAUCAGGAGUGGGAUGACUUAAACCAGUUUGUCCGCAAGGUGAUAGCCCUCCCACUCCUGUCCGCAGAACACAUUCAGGCAGCUUUUGACCUCCUUGUCCUGUCGGCUGCCCAACAACCCCUCCUCUUGGACCUCCUGUGUUAUGUGGAGGACACGUGGAUGACAAGCACCGUGUGGCCCAUUGAGUCCUGGUCCGUAUGUAAGUGUACUAUCCGGACCAACAACGAUACAGAGGGGUGGCAUACCCGGAUGAAUGUUGACAUGACACAGGGGCUCGUCAACGUCAACUUUUACUUGUUCCUUCUUAGGAAGGAAGCCGAUCUGCUCCUUCUGCACAAAAAGCUCGUCAGCGAGGGGAAACUGUCAAGGUAUCAACGGAAGUCCGCCAAGAAGAUUCACGCCAAGAUCGCCAUAGUAUGGGGGAAGUAUGAAGAAGAACGCUUGUCCACGGAAUCCCUUCUGAAAAAGCUCGGCCGUGUGUAUUCCCCAAGUUAAUACUACUGUUAUUACUCUGUAAGCUUAGUUUGUAUGUGUAUAUAUUUGUUUUGUUGACUAUGUGUAGAUCUGUAUAGUUUGUCUGACAUUUCUGUAUUGAUUUGUUUCUUUUACAUGUAAAUAUUAUGUUUAUCUAUAGAUAUUUAUUAAAUAUAUCACAUUAUAAUAUUGUUAUCUGCUUCGUACUAAAGAAAUCUAGGAACAAGUUCCCCAGGUUCAUAUUUUUUAUAAACAUUUCAUUCUAAGAAAAUAUCGAAAAGUCUACCU